CCGUGUACUAGAUUUUUUCCUUUACCUUGACAUUUGGACGAUAAUUUAACGCACGAAGAACGUUACUCAAAAGAUAACGUCUGUGCUUUUCAAACAUUAUAAUAUCAAGAAAUAUCUACAAAUAUAAAAUAGUUGAAGUUAUUGCGGAUAUUCAUAAUCUUUCAGUACCCGACUUUCCAGUAUGGCGUCAGAAUGGUUUAAAAACAUGUGCGGGUUCAGGGUGGAUGACGAGGCUAUCAAGAAUGUCCCAUACCCAACUACAGAGUUAACGAUUCACGUGACCAUCAAGACGAUUCAAAGCUUCGGUCUUCUUGGAACCGUCUUGGUUGGUCCUAUAGCCGCGGCCGUAAAGAAGGACACAAGAAAUUGGACAGGCGUAAAACAUAAAAUGACUCGAUGCGGUAGGGGCGGAUUGGUUCUAGGUGUUUUUAUGGGGCCUUUUAUGACGUAUAUGAAAAUUAGAAAGGAAGAAGAUCCAUAUAAGAUCUGGGACAGAUGUUACAGGUUACGUCAUAAUCGUGGUCAAAUCCUUGUCGACCAAUCAUCAGUGGUUGGAGGAGUAGGUGGUGCCGCCAUAGGCGCAGCGACAUCUAGCGGUGCUCUAUUUGGCGGGCUUGUAGGAAUGUCGUCGGGUAUACUUGCAGCGGCAGUUUAUAAUAAUGUUUUAAAGAAGAAAGACUAGGCGUUGCACUGACAGCAUUUCCGGUGCGAAAAAGACGGCAUUAUACUUACUUUUGUGCCAUAAUAAUUCAGCUUGCAAUUUAAAUUACCCUCCAAACGAGAAGAUAUGCGCACGCGCGGACACUUGAUUAAUCUUUUAUCAAGUUUAAUAUAGAAAGGAGUGAGGAUUGUGUUUAAAAUAGUAUUAAAAUGUUUGAUUUAUAUUUUAGAAUAAAAAAUUCUGCUUAGAGAAAUGUGUACAGGGUUGAAUUGAAACACAAUGACCCCAUUAUAUGAACCACAAUAUUUCUUCGAACCAAAUAAAUUUGUUUCAAUCAAAUAUAUUUUAUAUAACCAAUAUUCAAUUACUCUAUUCUUUGAUAGACUGCCAUAUUAGAAUAAUAUAGUUUAUGUAUAUAUGCCGUGUUUGGACAUUGUACAAAUAUGUGUGAAGAAUGCGUGAAAUGAAGAUGUAGAUUUAUAUAUAUAUUAAUCAGGGAUAAAAAUUAGCAUAUCA